AUGGCACCCAAAAUCGCGAUUAUCGGUGCAGGUCCUGGAGGCUGCAUGCUCGCACGUCUGCUACUCACUCAAUGCGACUGCAGCACCACAAUUUUCGAAGCCGAAACCUCAAUCAACUACCGUUCGCAAGGCGGCACUUUGGACUUGCGCGCCAGUACAGGCCUCGCUGCAAUUAGGUUGGCAGGCUUAUGGGACGAGUUCAAAAAGUACGCUCGCUACGAUGGCGAGAGCUUACUGGUCACCGACAAGCAUCUUACAACAUGGUUGAGAAGAGGCGGCCGGAAGACGGCAGACGCGAAAGGAGGUUCGGGAGAUGCGCCAGAGAUUGAUCGUGCGGAUAUGAGGAAGAUGCUAAUGGAUAGCUUACCUCAUGAUAUUGUUCGCUGGGGCUACAAGCUCUCGCGUGUGGAAGAGUGCAGUACAGGGCUAAGGUUGGUUUUUGCGAAUGGCGAGGUUUUGGAUGGCUUCGACCUCAUCGUAGGUUGCGAUGGCGCAUUCAGCAAGACACGCAAUCUCUUGACGUCGGAGAAGCCAUAUUACUCUGGGCUAGGUGGCUGGACGAUGUAUAUACCCGAUGUCGAGACAGCAGCGCCAGACAUCUACAAGCUCGUCAACAGAGGCAGCGUCUUCGUCUACUCGGACGGCAAAACUCUCGCCAUACAACAGCUCUCUGAUGACUCAAUCUACGUUUCUUACUACGGUCAGCAUCCAGAAAAUUUCACCCAAACAUGCGGGUUCGACGCUCAAAGCGACAUUGAAGCAGCGAAAGCAGUGCUGAGGAAAGCAUUUCAUGACUGGCGACCUGAACUCCUCGACGCCAUUGAGAAAGCGACAACAGGACUUGUGUGGAGGAACCUAUAUCAACUCCCCGUAGGCUUCACCUGGCCACACAGAUCAGGCGUCACGCUCUUGGGGGACGCAGCGCAUGUUAUGACGCCGUUUGCGGGCAUCGGUGUUAACACGGCUUUUAAUGACGCUAUGGUUCUCACCAAGCACAUCGUGGCGUACAGCUCGUCUACUUCUUCAGAUCGAGGUGUCAACCAGGUGGAUUCUCUUGGCCAGUAUAUCGAGAGAUAUGAGAUAGAAAUGUUCAGGCAUGCACAUGCUGCGCAGCGACGCACCGAGGGAGCGAAGAAUGCUAUGCUGUUCACGCCUGGUGCUCCGCGGACAAGUAUUGAGACGUGGGUACUGUGGCAAGCAGGGGAUCAGGUGCCGGCAUGGUGUCGACCAUUACUUGCGGUAGUAGUAUACGUAGGAUUUUGGGUAUACAAGCUCUUCGUGUAG